CUUUCUUUUCAUGUUCUUGAAUAAUUUCUGAUACUACUGAACCACCCCAUUCUCUCAAUUUGAAUCCUGUGGGCCCAUCUUUUUCCUUCAGUUUUGGGAUUUACCUGUUAACUUCUGGAGUUCCUCGUUCUCACUCACCACUGAUUUUAUGGAGGAUGCCAAGGAAGCUUGCGGCAACGCAAAAACUAACGACGAAAACCCUAGUUCUGCGGUGGCAGUCGAAGCCGAAGCCGAUGUCGGAACCGGAACUAAUUUGCCUGCGCCUCCGCAGGCUUCGAGGACGCCAUUCACGAACCUCAGCCAAGUCGAUGCAGACCUUGCCCUCGCAAGGACUUUACAAGAACAGGAAAGGGCGUAUAUGAUGUUGAGAAUGAACGGUGAAGUAAGUGAUUAUGGAAGUUCGGAUGCUGGUAGCUAUGCGGAUGAAGAUGAGGUUGAUGAUCUGAACGAGGAUGAAAAUGCUGGGACUGAUGCUGAAGAAGAUGCAUUUGAUGUGCACCCUCAUGCUGAUGCAGCGGAUGAUGAUGAUCAGGGUAAUGAAUUCGACAGUGAUGAGGCCUUUGCAAGAGCACUCCAAGACGCUGAAGAGAGAGAAAUGGCUGUCCAUUUAAUGGCACUCGCUGGGAUAAAUGAUUGGGAGGCAGAAGACACUGAGGACCAUGGUAGUAACUCUCAGGAUACCUGGGAAGAAGUUGAUCCAGAUGAGCUGUCAUAUGAGGAAUUGCUUGCAUUGGGUGAAGUAGUUGGAACCGAGAGCAGAGGACUUUCUGCUGAAACUAUUGCCUCCUUGCCUUCGAUUAAUUACAAAGCACAAAGCAGUCAGGAUGGAAGUACAGAUCAGUGUGUUAUUUGCCGUUUGGACUAUGAGGAUGGUGAUGCCUUGACUGUGCUUUCAUGCAAGCAUUCAUACCACUCAGAGUGCAUAAACAAUUGGCUUCAAAUAAAUAAGGUGUGCCCUGUUUGCAGUGCUGAGGUCUCUAUUUCUGGAAGCAGGUAGGAUGAUGACAGGUUACGUAUGACCUCAUUUUAGGUAUUAUACCUGUGGUUCAUGUGCCACUCAACAUUGCGAGGCAUGGCUUUGGUUUUGAACACACACUGGUCGCUUAUGGAAUUGUGUUGUACUUGCAAUUCUCUAUUCUCAUCCUUUGUAAGCUCAACCCUACUCCCUCCCCCUCCCAAC